AUGGCCCCCACAGCAUCUCCAGCCCCCGCUUUGCAGUCCAUUAUUCCAGUCACCAGAAAAGGCGAUGUCGACGCCAUGGCUUCCAUGGCCCACAGAGGCAGAGCCUUGCCCGGAAUACCCAAUUUCGACUCACAUGCCGAAAAGCGUCAAUGGCAGUUGGAGCACAUGGCGUGCGCGUUUCGUGUUUUUGCCCGUGAGGGCUACGCGGAGGGAAUAUCGGGGCAUAUCAGCGUGCGAGACCCUGAAUUCGAAGAUCAAUUCUGGAUAAAUCCUCUCGGUGUCCACUUCGGCAUGUUGAAGGCGAGCGACAUGAUUUGCGUCAACUUAGAUGGCGAUGUUGUUGGUGGCAAUCUGGAUGGCUCAAUCAAUGCUGCUGGCUUCCAAAUUCAUAGUUCGGUGCACCGAUCGCGGAAGGACGUCCAUGCCAUAUGUCAUACUCAUUCUAUCCAUGGUCGAGCAUGGUCUGCAUUAGCGAAACCUCUUGAAAUGAUCAACCAAGAUGUCUGUUAUUUUUACAAGGCUCACUCCGUGUACUCUGACUAUGGUGGGAUUGCCAAUGAGGCUUCUGAAGGACAACGUAUUGCUCAAAGUCUGGGAGACGGCAAAGCUGUUAUCCUGAUGAAUCAUGGGUUGUUGACUGUGGGUGAGACGGUUGAUGAGGCGGCGUACCUUUUCUGCUUGAUGGAGAGAAGCUGCAAAGUGCAGUUACUUGCCGACCAGACGGGACUUGAGAAGCAAAUUGUGAGCGAUGAAGAAGCUGCUUAUAAUUUUAAGAUGGCAAGCACACCGGAGUGUCUUUAUACCGAAUUCCAACCACAUUACAAGUAUGAAGAGCACCUGUCUAAUGGGAGCUUCAAGGACUAG